UUCGGGGGGGACAGCUUUGGAAGGGACACACACUUAGGUUUGACGUUCAUGUAAAUAAUGUCCAUUUUGCAUUUACUAUCAUUGCGAUUUUCCAUUUAGAUAUUGGGAUUUCAAGUGCAUCCUUCGCCCUCAGCACAUCGAGUUACGUUGUCGUCAAAACCGGGUGCGAAACUUCAUCAUGAAUGUGAAUCAAGGGACAGUCGGCAGUGAUCCGGUGAUACUCGCCACUGCUGGAUAUGAUCACACCGUCAGAUUCUGGCAAGCACACAGUGGAAUAUGCACAAGAACUGUCCAACACCAGGACUCUCAAGUUAAUUCUCUAGAAGUAACACCUGAUAGGAGCAUGAUUGCUGCUGCUGGUUAUCAGCACAUACGCAUGUAUGACUUAAACUCAAAUAAUCCAAACCCAGUGAUCAAUUAUGAUGGUGUCAGCAAGAACAUCACUUCAGUUGGCUUCCAUGAAGAUGGUCGGUGGAUGUACACAGGUGGAGAAGACUGCAUGGCUCGAAUCUGGGACCUGAGGUCAAGGAACCUACAGUGCCAAAGAAUCUUCCAAGUCAAUGCGCCUAUUAAUUGUGUGUGUCUUCAUCCCAAUCAGGCUGAAUUAAUUGUGGGGGACCAAAGCGGUGUGAUCCACAUCUGGGAUCUGAAAACAGAUCACAAUGAACAACUCAUCCCAGAGCCAGAUGUGUCUGUCAAUUCCGUUCAUAUCGAUCCCGAUGCCAGUUAUAUGGCAGCAGUCAACAGCUCGGGCAACUGUUACGUGUGGAAUAUGGCUGGUGGAUUGGGAGAUGAGGUGACACAGCUGAUACCCAAGACCAAGAUUCCAGCCCACAAACGCUACUCUUUACGUUGCAAAUUCAGCCCAGACUCAACAUUGCUGGCCACAUGCUCUGCUGACCAGACCUGUAAAAUCUGGCGAACCUCCAACUUCUCUCUGAUGACAGAGUUGAGUAUUAAGAGUAACAACCCAGGAGAGACGUCCAGAGGUUGGAUGUGGGAUUGUGCUUUCUCUGGAGAUUCGCAGUACAUAGUUACAGCCUCCUCCGAUAACCUUGCACGGCUGUGGUGUGUGGAGACCGGCGAGAUCAAACGGGAGUACAGUGGCCAUCAGAAGGCCGUGGUGUGUUUGGCCUUCAAUGACAGUGUACUUGGAUAGUACGUAAGCAGCCCUCCCACAGUCUGCUAUGAUAGCUGUGGCUGUCGUAACACGAGGACUUUUGAUUUGAUUUGAUCUAUUAAGCAGUGGUCAUAUCAUGGUAUUAAAUUGACUUUUUGUGCAUUCAUUUGUAAACAUCAAAGUACUUCUUGCAUUAAUGAUCAGAUGACUGAACACGAAAAUGUCAAAUUGGAGUGUCUUAGCAAACUUAAGUGUAUAUUAGGAUAAAUACACCUUGUUUCUGCACCCCUCCAGUAUAACUGUACAUUUACUUUAACACAUUUUUGUGUACACCCACAAGUUUGGUCAAUAAACAUUACAUCUUUGUA